AUGUCUGCUCUUGUUACUGCUGUUGCGUUUUUCAGGGACUUCUUUCCACAUUCAGGGGUAAGUUUUCCAGGGACUUCUUUCCACAUUCAGGGAUAUGGGGAAUCUGAGGAAAGCUACAGAAAGUUUCUGGAGAUGAAACCUGGCAAUUCAGCAGCAGAGAAGGAGCUUUCUAAGUUACAUCAAGCUCAGAGUGGUUUGGAUUCCACUAAAGUAGUUUUUGAAUCUGGUGACUAUAUGAAAGCACUGGAAUAUCUUGAAAAAGUUGUUCUGGUUUUCUCUCCAGAAUGCUCCAAGGCCAAACUCCUUAAAGUGAGAUUGUUAAUAGCUGCUAAAGAUUAUUCGAGUGCCAUAUCCGAGACAGGAUACAUACUCAAAGAAGAUGAGGACAAUUUAGAGGCUUUGCUCUUACGUGGAAAUGCCUACUAUUACUUAGUUGAUCAUGACAUUGCUAUUAGACAUUACCAAAAGGGACUUCGUCUAGACCCCGAGCAUGGAGAACUGAAGAGAUCAUAUUUUGGAUUGAAAAAACUCCUUAAAAACACUAUAAGUGCAGAUGAUAAUGCAAGCAAUGGUAAGCUACGAUUGGCCACAGAGGAAUAUAAAGCUGCUCUUGCCUUGGACCCGAUCCAUUCUGCUCAUAAUGUGCAUCUUUACCUUGGAUUAUGUAAGGUUCAGGUGAAACUUGGUAGGGGAGAUGAUGCUGUGACAAGUUGCACAGAAGCACUUGAAAUUGAUGGAGAUUUAGUUGAAGCACUAGUCCAGAGAGGUGAGGCGAAGCUUUUAAUAGAAGAUUGGGAAGGAGCUGUGGCUGACCUAAGAUCAGCAGCAGAGAAGUCACCUCGGGAUAUGAAUAUUCGUAGAGCUUUAAUGAGGGCUCAAAAAUCCUUGAAAUUGAGCCAACGGAAGGACUGGUACAAGAUUUUAGGACUUUCUAGAACUGCCUCAAUGUCAGAGAUUAAGAAAGCUUACAAGAAGCUUGCCUUGCAAUGGCACCCUGAUAAGAAUGUGGACAAUAGGGAAGAAGCAGAAGCCAAGUUUCGGGAAGUAGCAGCUGCAUAUGAGAUUUUGGGGGAUGAGGAUAAGCGGACAAGAUAUGACAGUGGUGAAGAUAUUGAUGGCAUGGGGAUGAAUAUGGGUGGUGGAGGCUUUAAUCCUUUUGGAGGAGGGGGCCAACAAUUUACCUUCCACUUCCAAGGAGGUUAUCCUGGUGGAUUUGGAGGUUUUUAAUUUUAACCUCACUGAAAAAUGAAAAUAUAUUUUCCGGAUUUUCUUAUUGGGGAUGGGGGCAUGUUAAUUUUCUUCAUGAUAGCAAUUUACUAACCCUCAAUAGGUGCAAUUCACCAAUUCUUGUAACUUGUAGGCAUUCUCUAAAUGGUUAUCAAUGAAAAAAAUUUGUAACUUAGAAAGUCGACCUGUUGAAAUGAUAAUGUCAAACUGUAUUUAUAACAAUUGAUUGAAGAAAAAUGUCAAUAACUUCUUGAGGAGUUA